AUGUCUGUCAAGACUCAAGUCUUCGUUACUGGUGCUACAGGAUACAUAGGCGGCUCCGUUCUCCAAAAGGUGCUGGCUCAUCCUUCCGCCGCGACCUCUGAGUUCACAUUGCUCGUCCGUUCGCCCGAGAAAGCUCGCCUGCUGGAGGGGUACAUCCAAGCCGUCGGAGUUGAUGUACGCGUGCUACUUGGCUCGCAUUCAGACAGCGACAAGCUCGAAGCCCAGGCUGCACAGUCAGAUGUCAUCUUUGCUAUGGCCAACGCGGACGAUGUUGGAGCAUGUAAAGCUAUUCUGGCUGGCAUGAAGAAACGACAUGCAGAGACGGGGAACCCGCCGGUAUUGAUCCAUACGUCAGGAACAGGAUAUGCAAAAACAUACAUAAUCCUUCCUUCCACGAUAUACGGUCUCGCCACUGGCCCUCUUGUUGACCAUAAGAUCUCGAACGACCACUCGGUCCAGGUGCCAGCGCUUAUCAAGGCCGGCGUAGUUCGCAAGCAAGGCGGCGUGGUCAAUGAGGGCCUCAACAGGUGGCCGUGCGUGCACAUCAACGACUGUGUGGACCUGUACCUGACUGUCCUCGACGCCAUCCUCGCUGGUAAACCGGUAGGCCACGGGCGCGAAGGUCUCUACUUCGGCGAGAACGGCGAGUACCAGGCAUACGCCCUCGCCAAGACCGUCGCACAGGUGUUGGCGGAGGUUGGGAAGGGACAAUCUCGCGAACCGAUACCAUUCACCGCCGAAGAGUACGAGAAGGCGCCUUCUCUAAAGAAAUUUGGCACAAACUCACGUUGUCACGCGAAGAGAGCUCGGAGUCUGGGAUGGGGGCCCAUUUACACGUAUGACGAUCUGAUCAAGAGCAUCAAGCCGGAGGUGGAAGCACUUCUCACCAAGCCGAUUGAGCAGUGGCCGAGCUACUAGACUUUGAACGCAUUGGCUUUCUUGGCUUGUCCAGUGCAUGAAUUCAA